CAACAUCAGUUCUGAUGAUCUAAAGGCCUGCUUGCGUUUUUGGCUGACUGUUUUUUUUUCUUCCACCUCCCUAAUGUUUGUUUGUUUGUUGGUCUGUAGCCAGCUGAGCUGAAUCUCCUAGUGUGUGUUUAUUGUGUACAUUUUGAACAGCUAUAGUCUGUGCUGAUUGAAUACAGUCAUAGCAUGCUUAUAUGCAAAAUCAUAGUGUGCUUAAAACAGAAUGACUAACAACUGCAGACAAUGUUCUGCACCACUGGAAAUGAUGGACCAGCUACCGUUAGCAUAGCAAAGCUUUUGAAUAGAACCUGAAUGAAUCAAACCAGCAGAAAUCGGUCACACAUAUUAGUACAUGUGUAAAUGUCAGAAGCCACGUGUGACCAUACCAUUUACCCUUUGAGUUAGAGGUGAGGAAACAUUUCAGGUCACAGAAGCUUUGAUUUCUGAAGAACGAUUCGUUUAAAACAAAAGCACUAAAACUAGCAUUUCAUUGCUCAGCCCUGAAAAUUGCACCUUCUGCUGUAAAGGCACAAAAAUAGUCCCUCGUUGGCACGUGGGCCUGCACGUGAGACGCUCACGUGCCAACGAGCAAAACAACAACAAAGUCUGUUCCACCAAUCAGAUCGCUGCUGUAGUUCUCCCGUCUCCGGUCCGCCUCGCUCUCCGCCGCUGGCUUCGGCUCCCUCUGAACGGCGCGUGCGAGGCCCAGUCGCGGGAACAUGCCGGAGGGUCCGCCCGGAGCUCCGGAGGUGACCCGCAAAAGAGGCGCCCAGCCCGAAAAUGCUGCGGAGAGAAAGAAGACCUGCUGGGGCAUCCUGACCAGCCAAGGGUCCUGGGCUGAUCGCUCCCCGCUCCACGAGGCAGCUUCUCAGGGUCGACUGCUUGUGUUACGCACGCUGCUGGCCCAGGGCUACCAAGCCAACAUCGUGACCAUUGACCAUGUGACCCCUCUCCAUGAGGCCUGCCUGUCAGGACAUGUAGCCUGUGUCAGAGCACUGAUUCAUGCCGGUGCUAAUGUGAACGCCGCCACCAUCGACGGGGUCACUCCUCUGUACAACUGCUGCGCUUCGGGCAGCGCAAGCUGUGCCGAGCUGCUGCUGCAGAACGGAGCGCGCACACAAACGGCACAGCUCCACUUCCCCUCAGCUCUUCAUGAGGCCUGCAGGAGAGGACAUAGCCGCUGUGUGGAGGCCCUGCUGUCCCAUGGAGCAGAUCCAGACUAUCAGGUGCCCCACUUGGGCUCUCCUCUCUACGUGGCCUGUCUGAACCAACACACUGCCUGCUCACGGAUUCUGCUGCAGAGAGGAGCCAGUGUUAAUGUGGGCAGAGGCGGCGACAGCCCGCUGCAUGCAGCUGUCAGACAGGACCGAGCCGAGCAGGUGGCGGCGCUACUGGAUUACGGCGCCGAUGUGAACCUCAGAGAUGGUGACAACCAGCGACCUGUGGAGCUGGCGCCACCGGGAGGAAAGACACGGCAGCUACUGCUGGCAUUCGAAGGUUCUCCAAGAACUCUCUGCCAGUUGUGUCGUCUCCAGAUCCGGAGUCUGAUUGGCCGAUCCAGACUGAAGCAGCUCCCCCUCCUCCCUCUCCCUCCCUUGCUCACUCACUACCUGCAGCACAGCUGGAUGACAGCUGGACAGUAAAGUCCAACUAUACAAACAUGCAUGUUAAAGAUAUUUCACAUUAACUUAUCCUCGUGCUUUACUCCAUGGCUAUGUUUAAACUAUAGUAAUGAUUGACUCUAUUAAACUGUACUCUGAUAUGAUUUACCAGAUCACUGUCUUUGUGAUGCCAUGACUGUAUGUCUUAUUUCUUGCUUGCUAAAAUUAUACGUGCAAGUACUGAAGGACAAUUUCAGGUUUUUGUAUUGUCAUUUAAUGUUUUUUUUUCACUACAUGUAAAAGGAAAACACUGUGUUUUGCAUCACCAGAUUUUGCAGCCUUUUAUGUUUUGCAUCUUGAGUCUUAACACUGUUUAUUGUACGACCAGUGAAUAAAUUCUGAAACUGAAAGCUCAGUUUGUGGAGAAA